ACCUUUUCUCGGCAGAAGGCAAAUGGUGUGUUACUUGACUACUCGUGUGUGAUUGUUUUAGGCAUACACAACAAGUGAGUGUACACAUUUUCUCCUUAAUAUUUUUUUUUAAAAAGAUGUUAAGAGUUAAAAAUGUAACAGAUACGAUGAAUGCAUACAUAUUAUUUAAUUUUUGGUUUAAAUUUUUGGCUUUAAAAAAAGCUUUGGCGAAACUGAUUAAAAAUCAGUCAAUACAUUAGCGCAUUUAAGUUUUAAAACAUUCAUGAAUAAAAACAACUCAUCUUGUUCAUUCAUGCCUCAUUACAACAACACAGGCCAAUCAGGUCACGCACUUCACUCACAACUCACAAUAAAAAUCUUCCGACAUUCUAUCACGGAAAUAGCGCGAUAUCUUGAAAAAUUGAAGAAAAAAAAAAGGAAAACUAGUUUAACGACAAAAACGAAAACCGUAAACUGAUUUCAGUGAAUUUGUUUUGUCGAUAUUUUAUUUAAAGAUACAAGCCUUAUGCUGUGGCGUUGUAGUUUUUUAAAAUUAUUAUUUUUGUUUUUUGCAAUUUAUUUUUAAUGUCAAUGUAGAUUAAUAGAUAUACAAAAUAUUAUACAUUAAAAUUAAAUAUAUUAAUUGUAUCGGGUCUACUAAUGUACUCUAUAUUCCAGUCAAAAUGUCUACCUUUAAAGACUACACAUUGAUACUUGUUGGUAAAACUGGAUUGGGUAAAAGUACAACAGGAAACACGAUUAUUGGAGAACCCAAAUUUCAGGCCAGUGACUCAGGUAAAUCUGUCACAUCUGAAUGUCAAGUUGAAGAAGGUGAGAAUUUCGGAUACAGAGUAACGGUAGUGGACACACCUGGAGUUAUGGACACAACUGUCAAUAGUGACGAAGCUAAAGUGAAGACGCGCGGAGAAAUGAUAGAGGCCAUCUCUGAAUGCACAGAUUCUGGAAAACGAGCUCUUUGCCUGGUGCUGAAGUACGGCGAGCGCUUCACUGAGGAAAACAAGAAAUCUUUGUAUAUUCUGACAUGCGUAUUUGGUGAUGAGUUUCUUGCCAAGUCGUGUGUGAUCAUAUUCACACAUGGGGAUUCUUUUGAUGAAAACUACGAAGAAGAAGAAAAAUCUUUCGACGAAUGGUGUCGUGAACAACAAGAGGAACUUGGGGACUUGCUAAAAGCAUGUGAGUACCGCUGUGUACUCUUCAGAAACAAAACUGAAAGUGUUGACAUCAAGAAAAAUGAAAUGGAAGAAUUAUUUCGGUGCGUAGAAGCAUUGAAUGAAAGUUACACCGAUGAAAAAUUUACAAAUGCUAAAAAGAGACACAAGCGGCUUCUUCUUGAAUCAAAUUUGAAAAGAAAACUCGAUUAUUUUAAUAAAAAAAUUGAAGAUUUACAUACAGAAAUAGAUGAAAUUACACUGAAUGAUAGUAAUGAAGAAACAAUACAGGCUCUUAAAGAUAAGGCUGAAGAAAUUUUGAAUGAAAUUAAACUAGAGGAGGAUGGUGUUUUUUAUGAUAAUGGCGAACUGAGUUUGCUGAAAGAUCAAAUCAACCGAAUUGAGAAGAUUUUUACAAAAUCUGAUGAACUACUUCAUUUUGCAAAGUUAAAUGAGAUCAAACGUAAAAUGUUAAAUGACAUACGAUCGCGAAAAUCCAACAUUACCCAAAGUAGACGUUCGGACUUUGCAGUAAAAAGAAUAACAGUGGAAAUUCACAAACACGAAAUUGAAAAGUUAAGAAAUCACUGGCGAGAACAUGUUAAGAUUUUCAUACGAUCCGAUGUGAUAUGUCAAAAGUUAUUUAAGGAUUCUGGAAACAACACAUUCCUGAGUGAACAAGAUUUAAACGUGUUUGAUAAUGUUUUUCAGAAAUUUGACCUUAUGAUGGAUGAACUCCGGAUUUUAGAAGAAGAUGUCACAUUAAGUGAAAAAAAUAGAACUGAAAAAGAAAUUGAUGAUGAGAUUAAGGCUUUAUUCGAGAAACUGCACUCGAUUCCCUCCACAGAAACAAACACAAAAACGGCAACUGAAAUUAAGAACGAAGCCGACGCUCUUAUAGAAUCAUUGAAAGGUGAUACCCGUUUGGAUAAAUUUUUAGAGCAAAUAAUUGAUCUGAAGACGCAGGCCGAACAGAAGAUAACUAAGUGUGAAAAUAACUAUAAGAAAUGGGCAGUUGGCCUCGGGGUUGGUAUCGCAACGGGGCUUGUAGGUACUGCUGGGGUUGUGGCAAUGUGCAGUAAACAUGUUGUAGCAAAUGUAGUCGGUAAAUUUGCUCCAAGUGCAGCAAACUUUCUUUUGAAUUUUGGAUCAAGGGUAUGCACGAGGCUUUUUAACAAUUAAAAACUAAAUAAGAACUAAUGAUUAAAAACAAAAAUAGUAGAAUUUAAAAGAGACGAACCAAUGAAUUAUUUUGGUUGAAAUUACCACAUGCUUCAACUCAGACAUAUCCAACAACAUUGAACUCCUUUAAAAAAAAACCAACAACAUCAGGUGGUGGUGAAGACCAGUUAACACAUAUGUAUUGCUAUUCAAUCUUCUUAUGAAUGAUCUGCCGAUCUGCCUCUAGGUUUCCGUCAGCAUUCAACUUUGACUCAACUAUACUGUAUCAUUUUCUGUACGUGUCUUGAGGCAUGACUUGCGCCGUCUGAACCUUUAAAAACUCACACCAGUAGAGUUAUCUCUUGAUUGUUUAUAAAUUCGCUAGCGAUAAUCUUUCCAUAAAUUCAGUAAACACAUAUAUCCGUUAAAAAUGAAAUCUUUUUCCCUUUUCUAAAUUAGACUAGUUUGUUUAAAUUGAUAGUUUGUUUGCAAUAAUUUAUAUCUCACCUAGCUAAAAGGCU